GUUCCCAAUCUCACGCUCUGAUAAUUAUCCAUUGAGAAAUAAAUACAAGGAGAAAAAGAAAAAAAAAUCGAUCGCGCGUGGCGGGAGAGAGAGACAAACGGAGAGAUGGUGGCGAUGGCCUUUGCUGCUUCGCCGGCCGCUCUAAUGACGACGUCCUCCUCGCCUCGGCUGCUGUCGAAGCGCUCCUCUCUCGCAUCAUCCGAGUCCCUCUUCGUCGUCGCCGCCGCCCACCGCACCCGCGCCCUCCAGAGGAGGCUGCGACCCGGGAGGAGCGGCGGCCUCGGGUGCCGCUGCUUGUUCGGCCUCGGGGUGCCGGAGCUCGUCGUGAUCGCCGGGGUCGCCGCACUCGUCUUUGGCCCGAAGAAUCUCCCAGAGAUUGGCCGGAGCAUCGGCAAGACCGUCAAGAGCUUCCAACAGGCUGCAAAAGAAUUUGAAACCGAGUUAAAGAAGGAUCCAGAAGAUUCAAGUAAAUCUGCUCCAGCUGAAAGCCCUAAAGCAGUUAGCAGUGAAGAUGAAAAGAAGGAACUUGAAACAUCAGGCACAAAUGACAGUUCAUGAUCGACUGUUGACAAGGUCCAAACUAUUAGUAUGGUGCAAAUGAGUUCUUCCUUCUAUUAUGCAAAAGACAUGAGAGUCUGAAUUAGUUAAAGCUACCACGGCUUUUCUUGGAGUUUCUGUAGCUGCUUAUAGUUAUGUUCUAAUAGUUCUAGCAAGGAGGAAUGAAGUGGCUGUUAGUUUUAAUGCCUAUCAACUUAGAUUGAAGCUCAAUCCUUUAAUCUUAUGAAUCUUAUGAA